UGUAACUUUUGUCACAAAGGCAUUUCUGAACUCUAUAUAAGCAUUGUAGAAGAUGUUAAAAUCUUCACCCUACCUUUGCACCUUAAUUGCAGAUAUAUAUACACACACAGAGAGAUAGAUAUAUUUGCAGAAUAAAGCACAGCUGCAUGAAAAUGGGGGUUCUUCGGAAUUUCAACAUUCAAAAUAAACAGCAAGCAAGGCUGGGAGGACAUAGAGCUACUAUAUUCGUGUUCGCGAUGGCAGCAUUGGAGACAAUGGCAUUUAUUUCAAAUGGUGUGAGCCUAGUGACCUACUUUUACGGGUACAUGAACUUCAGCUUAACCAAAUCAGCAACUGCUCUCACAAACUUCAUGGGGACAGCAUUUCUGCUGUCGUUAUUCGGAGGAUUUAUCUCAGACACUUACUUCUCAAGGUUCAAGACUUGUGUCAUCUUCGGCUGCUUGGAAAUAGUGGGGUAUGUUCUGCUAGCAGUGCAAGCACAUUUCAAACAUCUAAGGCCUUUUCCUUGUAAAGAUGUGGACCUGAGCAAAACGGCCCAGUGCGAGCGUGCAACUAGCAGUCAGGAGGCAAUACUGUUCACAGGUCUUUAUUUGGUGGCACUGGGAACCGGAGGAAUCAAAGCGGCUCUGCCUUCUCUUGGAGCUGAUCAAUUUGACGAAACGGACCCCAAGGAGGCUGCUUCUCUCUCAAGCUACUUUAAUUGGUUAAUGUUUUCAAUUACGUUUGGAGCAAUGCUUGGGGUGACGUUUUUAGUCUGGAUAAGUACCAACCAGGGAUGGGAUUGGUCAUUCGGUGUCUGUGCUAUAGCUGUUGCACUGGCUAUUCUGUUCCUAAGCAUGGGGAAAUCAGUUUAUCGAACUAACAUUCCCAAGGGAAGCCCUUUAGUUCGAAUUCUACAGGUAUUUGUAGUAGCCGUUAGAAACAGAAAUCUCCCAGUACCAAAUAUGGCGCAAGAAUUGCAUGAGAUUUAUGAUAAAGAAGCUGGACGUAACGAGAUUCUGCAAAGGACAGAUCAAUUUAAGUGCUUGGAUCGCGCUGCAAUUCUGAGGAGCUCACAAGAUUCCCCCACAUAUAGUACUUCUGGCUCCUGGAAAUUGUGUACUGUCACACAAGUCGAAGAAACAAAGAUUCUAGUCCGGAUGCUCCCAAUAAUACUCAGUACUGUUUUCAUGAACACCUGUCUGGCCCAGCUUCAGACGUUCUCAAUCCAACAGACUACUACUAUGGACAGGAAGAUAGGAAAUUUUCAAAUACCAGGACCCUCACUUCCAGUAAUCCCCCUGGUAUUCAUGUUCAUCCUACUCCCAAUUUAUGACCGUCUUUUUGUCCCUUUGGCACGGAAGUUCACAGGAAUCCCCACUGGAAUCACACAACUCCAACGGGUUGCAGUGGGAUUGGUUCUUUCAGCCAUCUCCAUGGCUGUGAGUGGAAUUAUUGAGACACACAGGAAAAGAGUAGCCAUAAAGCACAAUAUGGUGGACUCACCAGGGCCCUUACCGAUGAGCAUAUUCUGGAUAGGAAUCCAGUAUGCUAUUUUUGGAAUGGCCGAUAUGUUUACAAUUGUGGGGCUAAUGGAAUUCUUCUAUGGAGAGAGCUCACUCGGCAUGAAGUCGCUGAGCACAGCCAUUUCCUGGUGCUCAUUGGCUUUCGGAUACUAUACGAGCACGGUGGUGGUUAAUUUGGUGAACAAGGUGAGUGGAGGAUGGCUGGCUAAUAACAACCUGAACAGGGACAAGCUAGAAUAUUUCUACUGGCUACUUGCAGGAGUUAGCGUGGUGAAUUUCGGGGUCUAUUUAGUAUGUGCGUCAUGGUAUAGAUACAAGAAGGUAGAAGUGAAACAAGAACAGAGUGGUCCCAUGGAUUAUGUUGAGGAGAGAAUUGACGUGAGCGUUAAAAGGAGUUCUACCCCUUAAAAUAUUAUGUACUAUGGGAUCCUUCCCUUUGGUAAAUCAACAGCUUCAGCAACUAUAACAGGGUCCUUGAUCAAGUAACUAAUCUCAGAAUUCUGAGAGAGGCAAAGAAUGUGUCUAAAUAUCCAUCAUAUGUUAUCAGCAAGUUGAAUAAUACUGUCUAUUUGCUAAA